AUGCCGAUACCCUCUACGCCCUUCGCUAUUGAUAUCCUCAAAGGACCCUCAAGCAAGCGUGAUACUAAGGAUCUCGAAGCGGGAUUCGCUCGCAGGUCGAUGAUGCUGGUUAGACGUCUGCUAGGCGAGGAUCGCCUCAUCGAGCUCCUUGCUGAGGAAACAGUGGACAGCAGCAAAUGGUGGAAAGAGAUUUCUGCCAACUCGAAUGGGCAGUGGAGGGCAGCUAGAAUCUGCCUCUCUGCACAAGGGCUCCUUUCAAAGGAGUUCAUCCAAUGGUUCAUUCCCGCAGAAGGCGGCAUGCUUCCCGAGCCGGAGAAGCUUGCUGCCCACCCCGAGCACUGGGUCGUCCGCCCCUCAACCGGGUCAAAGUCAAUGACCGUAUUGGAAACCUUGGGCGAGAAGCCAACUCUCUUCACACUUGCUUUCGACGUGUCCCCUCCCGAUUUUGUUGAAGACGAGCCAACCUUUCCGACCAAGAUGACUGGUAGGGGCUAUCUUGAAGAUGGCACCCAGAUCAUGGAGCUGUACCACCAGUUCAGAGACCACGCGGAUGGUCAGGGCUUCGACGUUGACUUGGCAAUCUAUUUUCCAGUGGCAGCCGGAGAGGAUGUUGUCGAGUGCCACCGUCAACAUUUACUUGUUGAGUUCAGCAAUUGGUCCAAGCAAGCCUUUGAGGCAAAAUCAGUAUAA